UAAUUUGUGAAUUUGCUAAAAGCAAUUCAGAGGUUUAAGUAAAUAGUUUAUGUCGGGAUUGCACGUAAAGAUGGCAGGUCAGACAAUAAACGAUAGACUUUUAGCUGCUCGCCAUAGUAUCGCCGGCCAGGGAUUAGCAAAAUCAGUAUGCAAAGCUACCACCGAAGAAAUGAUUGCACCUAAAAAGAAACAUUUAGAUUAUCUAGUCCACUGCACCAAUGAACCGAAUGUGUCGAUACCCCAGCUGGCAAACUUGCUCGUCGAGCGCACCCAGAAUACCAACUGGGUCGUUGUUUAUAAAGCGCUUAUUACUGUACACCAUCUACUAGCAUAUGGCAAUGAGAGAUUCACACAGUACCUAGCGUCCAGUAAUUCAACAUUUCAACUAAGUAAUUUCUUAGAUAAAAGUGGAGUGCAAGGCGCAGCCGGUGCCAGAAUCGGCUAUGAUAUGUCUCCGUUCAUCAGGCGUUACGCCAAGUACCUCAAUGAAAAGGCACUGUCCUACAGGACUGUCGCCUUCGACUUCUGCAAGGUCAAGAGGGGCAAGGAGGAAGGAUCACUACGCAUGAUGAAUGCAGAAAAGCUGCUGAAGACGCUGCCCGUGCUGCAGGCGCAGCUGGAUGCUCUUCUGGAGUUCGAUUGUACUGCCAACGACCUUACCAAUGGCGUCAUAAACAUGUGCUUCAUGCUGCUUUUCAGAGAUCUUAUUCGAUUGUUUGCGUGCUACAACGACGGUAUAAUAAACCUGCUGGAAAAAUACUUUGAUAUGAACAAAAAGAAUUGUCGCGAUGCGCUUGAUCUCUACAAGAAAUUCCUCAUUCGCAUGGAUAGAGUUGGAGAAUUCUUGAAGGUGGCUGAAAAUGUGGGGAUAGACAAAGGUGAUAUACCAGAUUUGACAAAGGCGCCCAGCAGCUUAUUGGACGCACUUGAAGGACACUUGGCCACACUCGAGGGCAAAAAGGGCUCUGCUGCUAACACCCCGACACAGACUGCCAGCGCUCAAAAGAACGUGGCAAGUGUAAUGGGAGCUCUCUCGUCAACAUCGUCGUCGUUUGGCAACGCAGCAGCGUCCACUCGACUCGAUAACCAACCAAAUGGCGCGCUGUUCAUAGAUGACACGCUAAAGCAACAGGCCCUUGCCGAAGAAGAAGCUGCAAUGAAUCAGUACAAGAAUAAAAUUCAGUCUCCUACAAACUCUGCGGCGAAUAAUCCAUUCCUGUCGACUGCUCCGGCGCCCUCGCAGUCCAUCGUAGAUCUGUUCGGUCCGGCUCCGGCUGGAUCCACAACAGCACAGACCAAGGCUUCCGAUGACCUGCUUUCACUUGGCAAUCCUUUCGCUGACAUGUUUGGAGCGGCUCCGCAGCCUGCCCCUGCGCAGCCAGCAGCGCCCAUGUGGCCGCAACAACCGACCAACGGAUUCGGGGCCGCGUUCCCCGCCCAGCCGCCCGCAAACAACACCUUUGUGUCCGAAGCUAACUUCUCUAACGUUUUCAAUAACACUGACACUACAGCUGCCGCUGCAAACCCGUUUAUGGGUAUGGGAGAUCCAACCCAUCCUAUAUCCGCUUCCCCUGCCCGUCCCCCUCCCGCCGCCCCUGCGCAGCCCAAAUCGGCAUUCGAUGACCUUGAGGAGGUGAUGCGUAUGUCCCUCGGGGGCUCGCCCGCCAAACAGUCCCAGUCCCAACAACCCAUCACGCAGCAGCCCCAGCCAAUAGCAACGCAACCUUUCGGCGACGUCAUGUCGAUGCCGAUGUCUCAACCAAUGAUGUUCGGCUCUCCAGCUCGCCAACCAAUGAUGCCGAUGGCAACAAUGGGUCAACAACAACAACAGCAACCACAACAACAACAGCCGGGUAAAGUGCUCACAGGCGACCUGGAUUCUUCUCUUGCUCAGUUGGCUAACAACUUGACUAUCAACAAAAGUGCUUCUGCCCAAAAACCGAUGCAGUGGAAUUCACCGAAGAACUCAUCGAAGCCUGGCGCCACCUGGAGUCCACAACCUAUUCAAGCAACCACCGGUGCCGGCUACAGGCCUAUGGGACCCGGCAUGACACUCCCACCAAUGCCUCACACUUUGCCCCAUACAUACCAUCCCCCGCAUUUUGUUAUGCAACAACCGGGCAUGGUAAUGAGCAUGCCAGGCGCCCCAAUGAUGCAGAUGGGUAUGGCCCCACCGAUGAGACCGGCUCUACCACCGCAACCAACUACUAACCAAUUCAGUUAAGUCAUACCGACUCUACCUUAGUUUCGUUGGUUUACAAUACUUGACCGAGUGCUAAAUAGUUACUUUAAUUCAUAAUCAUUAUUCAAAGCUUGAUUGAAACACGAAUUGAAGUUAUUUAAAUCUUCUUUGCGCAAAUAAAACAACUUAUUUCCUGUUGUAAUGCCAUAACUCACGUCGUUUUAUCAAUAGUGUAUGAAUCAUGUAACACUCAUAACUUACUAUGUAUGUAGGUCGAUUUGUUUUUUACUAUUCAUAAGUGAAGAAAAAUGCACGAACGAACUCUAAAUUAUCAAGGACAAUCGACUUUUUGUCAUGUCGUGUCAUCACAUAGCUGUAUUUAAAAAUUCCUUACAAAUAAAUAUAAUAAUAGUAUAAUACAAAACAUAAACCUCAACAGCAUUCGGGCAAGAAAUGAGAAUAUCAAAGUUGAUCAGUUUAUUUCGAUUA